GUGUAACGCAUGCGAGGUCUGGCAAGGUUUAAUCCCCUUCACACUUAAAAACAAGCGCUUUAAAUCGCAUCCAGGCUUGUACACGACUGUAAAGUUACAUGUCAGCGGGAUGGCGAGAUGACCGCAGCUUUCCUCUCAGCGAUAAACACUCUCACUAAACCUCUCGACGAGGUGUCUGUGCAUGAUGCUCAGUCCCCACACCGAGAGGCUCUCCUGGCGGCGGCGCUGCAGGCCAAAAGAGCCCUUCUCCUCCGGCAGCUUCAGAGCGAGAGGAGCUUUGAGGAGGUGAGGAGGCUGAGGGAGGAGGUGAUGGCCGAGGCCGAAUGGUUCUCCGGUGAUACAGAAGAUGCCACAUGGGGCUUUGUCCAGGAGUGUCUCCUCCUGCUCCUCACCUUAGCACGACACCUUUCUAUUGAGCUGGAGCUUUUCGAGCAGACCCGGGUUACCUCUGCGGCGAAACAACACAACCCUCACACGGCUCCACCUUUACCUCCCGAUGUUCUCAGUGUCACCCAGCAGAAGACGCUCGGAGCUGCUCUUCAGUUUGUGGUCUCUCUGGGGCUCUGCCCCUACUUGGCCCAUGGAGUGGGUGUGCCACUGGGUUGCAGGUCAGCUUUUGGAGCCAUGGUGGAAAAACUUGUGCGUGGUGGAGCGGUGUCAGCAGAGGGACGCCGUCUUCUUGCCACCACAAAUGUCCUGUUGCAGCUGGCAGAGCUGUCAUCUCUCGCCACAUUGGUGUUCACACAGCAUCUAGGCGAUGUGAUGGCAGCACUGUGCCAGCUUGGCUACCAGCCACACCGAGAGAGAAAAGGCACAGAGGAGGAGAAGCAGCAGCAGCUCAGUGCUGAGGAAUGUCGAACGUGCAGGGAGGCCCUCAAAAGCCUUCUAGGAAAAGUCUACCAGCCAAUCGUUGUCAAGGAGCUGCUGAUCCUUCAGGGUGGACCCAGGCAGUCUGGUGCAGUGGGAAACGUCAGUGGUUCGAGCAGUAAGGCUGCUCUGGGAUCAGCCCCGGCCUGGCUGAGGCGUCUGUGUGGUCAGCUGCUGUCUGAGCGCCUGAUGCAGCCAAACGGUGUCCAGGCUGUAGUCAGAGCCAUCCUGGAGGGAGGAAAAGGGGGCGAGUCGGACUGGAGGAAAUGUGAUGGUGUGGCCAGGAUCCUGGUGGCCUGCCCUCAACAGUCUGCCUCAGCAGACAGCUACUAUAGACAAAUCUGUCCUCAGAUCCUCGACCUCCUGCACUUCAAAGACAAGCUGACAGCCCAGCAGUUUCAGCGUGUAGCCACCAGGGCGGUGCUCUUCAUGGUGCAGGAGAAGCCCAGCUUUGCACAUCAGUACCUGCUCACUCCUCUGCUUGCGCCUCUGCAGCGCUGCACCGCUGCUUCCAACGAGAGUCAUUCCCAAGCUGCUGUGGAGGAGUGGGAGCUUACACGUUGUGUGGAGGACGUGUACAAGAUCUGGGUGGUUGGAAACAGUCCAUCAGCUGCUCUACUCAAAGCUCUGGAAGAAGUUCUUCCUGUUAUUUUUGAACUCUUCUGUUUCACUAAGCAGAAUGUCUGCCACCUACGUGCCCCCUGUCAGGACGUUCUGUUGUGGUACCUGAGCCACACUGAGGCGUCUGUAGCUCUGUCGGCGCUGAGGCAGCUUUCAGGCCUGCAGGGGCAGAAGAGCGAGGCAGCAGACUUCCACUUCACCCCAGGCAGUGAUGGAGGAGCCAGAUUCAGCUCCAGAGAGAGUUUGAGUGAUGAGGACGAUGCUCUGUACGAGAAGCUGUCAAGGGAGCAGUGGAGGCUGGAGUGUCUGAUGCAGCUGCUGGCUGAACUCAAAGAGUGUGACCUGCCUGGAGACUUCUUCCUGGACCUGUUACAGGAGCUGACCAGCUGGGCAGCUGCAGCGGAUGAGGUGAAGAAGGAUGAGCAGGAGCUGGACGUGUCAGCCAUGACGCUGCUGGAGGUGGAGCAGCAGCUGCUGGGUCGAGCUGCCGGGGAAGGCCAGAGACUCGCUUUGCUUCAGGUGCUGGCUGCGAUGGUUGAGUCUCUGCCUCAUACUGUGCUGCUGAGGAAAACCACACAGGUGGUGGACUUCAUAGUGUCCCUGAUUCAGAGGGCCUGUGUGGGUCUGGACCAGGUCACUGACCUAAGUCUUGGGAACCCAGUAGAGAGCCAGACCCUGAGCAUGGGGAUGGGCCUGGUGGCCACUCUGCUGUCCGGACCUCAGCUUAGCGCGGAGGACUACUCUUCUAUGUCAAGGUUGCUCCCACCCCUGGAGAUGCUGUCUCUGAAGCACUCUGAGGUGGUCAUCCAGGAGCUGGCAUCCAACCUCAGAACUGUCAUCGCCACUCACGGUGCCUGCUGGCCUGAAGACCUCACUGCUGCUGCUGCUCAGUGCUCCAGAAACCCUGAAACAGCAGCAAGGAACAGUGUGCCUUCAGUGAAAAAGCAAACUGAAGCACAGGCCUCACAGUCUGGUCCACAAUCAUCUCCACCUGAUAACACCCACAUCAGGCGUCCACCGUCCUUCAGAGGGUCUGCAGCAGGAAUAACUCCACAAGCUGGAGGAAGGACCUCUGGCACUAGUGUCCCUUGCUCUUCUACCAAGCCCUUUUCUGAUUUGCUGCUCGAGGCAUGUGACCCGGACGUGCCAACCAGAGCGUUCGCCCUGAGGGUCCUGACCCGGAUGGUGCAAAAUGAAAACCCAGAGGUUGUAAAGGCCCAGGAGAAAGUACUGACGCUGUUUUUAGAGAACCUGGAGCAUGAAGACUCAUUCAUCUACCUGUCAGCCAUUCAAGGUCUGGCAGCGUUGUCUGACUCCUACCCCGAGAGGAUCUUGGAAAGGCUCCUGAAAGAGUUUCAACAUGGUCCCUCCCUGCCUACGUCCAACAUGGAGCACUCCCUGGAAACGCGUCUCAAAGUGGGAGAGGUCCUGAUGAGGGCGAGCAGGGCAAUGGGGGAGCUGGCGCCGCACCUCGGCCGUCCCCUGGUAGGCGUCUUCCUGCAAGGAACCAGGGAUCCGGACCAAAGCGUCCGGGCCAGCAGCCUGUCCAACCUGGGGGAGCUCUGUCAGAAACUGGACUAUGCCCUGGGACCGCUGGCUCAAGAGCUGAGCUCCUGUCUGACCGCCCUGAUAAAGACAGAGAAGGAGGCAGAGGUGAGGAGAGCUGCUGUCCAUGUUAUUGCCCUGCUGCUUCGAGGCCUCAGCAACAAAACCACUGAGGUUCUCAGUGGCGUUUUAUUGGAUCUGUACCGAGCUCUGAAGUGGGUGGUGCGCUCAGACCCGGAUGACGUUGCGGUGCUUCAUGCCCAGCUGGCCCUGGAGGAGCUUGAUGAUGUGAUGAGGAGGUUCAUCUUCCCCGAGCAGAAGCUGGAGAAGAAGAUUGUAGUCUUGCCGUAAAACUCAGGUUUCAUUUCUGCGGGGUCUUCGUAACCCCUUCGUAGUUUGACCGCUUGUUUUGGUCGUGAGAAAAAACCCUGAUCAUCAUGGGAGGAUCCAGCAUUUUUGGAGCUUGACAUGAGCAACCACAUAAAGCUGCCUGUUUUUAUGUGUGCUGUGCAAAUUUCAUUCACAGAAGUGUUAUCCAAGAGUAAAGACUGUGGAGGUUGAAGUCCUGCUGUGAGACAUCAGUAGAGAAGAGUGUGAGCGUGAGACUGUGAGAGAUGUGACGGAGGUGGACACACAAAAACAUUCCGCUGUGGGUGAAGUUACUCUCUGUCCGAGCCAGGUGAGGAUGCUCACCUGGGCAGCAGCCUGCAUUAAGACUCUCAGGCAGCUGAUUGAUAGAAAUUUCCAAACAGCUGCCUAACUGUGAAAGCUGUUGUCGAAACACUCAUGCCCAAAAAAACAAACAAAGAAAAAAGUCGCUGUAGUUAACUGGCAAACGAUGUGGGGAUGAAUUUUAAUUAAUAAAGAGAUUUUUUUUUUGG